AUGGGUUGUAUUCUUGGAAUACUUGGCUGCUGCUUUGGUUCAACAGCUUGUAGUCUUUGUUGUUCGUGUUGUCCAUCCGCACGUAAUUCAUUAGUAACACGUUUAGCUUAUGGAAUACUUUUAUUAGUUGGCACAAUUAUUUCAUGGAUUUUUUUAACACCUAAUCUUGUUAAUGAACUAUCUAAGAUUCCAGUUUUAUGUAAAAGUGAAACAUUAUAUGGUAUAGAAAUCUUAGAAAGACAAAUAGCAUGUGAAAGGAUUGUUGGCUAUUUAAGUGUUUAUCGAAUUCAAUUUUCAUUUGCAUGUUUUUUCUUUUUAAUGAUGUUAUUAAUGUUAUGUGUUAAACGAUCAAAAGAUCCUCGAAGUGGAAUACAGAAUGGAUUUUGGGUUUUUAAAAUUUUGAUUAUUUUUGGUAUUUGUAUUGGAACAUUUUUUAUACCAAAUAAAGGAUUUGCACCAACUUUAACAAUUAUUGGAAGUAUUUGUGGUUUCGUAUUUAUAUUAAUUCAACUUAUUCUUAUUAUUGAUUUGGUACAUAGUUGGAAUGAGAGUUGGAUUGGCAAAGGUGAAGACGGUAGUAAAAAGCAUUAUUGUGGUCUUAUAUUCUUUACAACAAGCUUUUAUAUUCUUUCAAUUGUUUCCAUUAUAUUUCUUUAUAUUUAUUAUGCUUCAAAAUCGUCAUGUAGCCUUAAUAUAUUUUUUAUAACAAUUAAUUUUGUAUUAUGUCUAAUUGUAUCAGUUGUAUCAGUUUUACCCAUAAUACAAAAUUAUCAUUCAACAUCAGGUUUAUUACAAUCAUCAUUUGUUACACUUUAUGUUGUAUUUUUGACAUGGUCAGCUAUGACAAAUCCAAUAUGCAAUCCAUCAUGGUAUGAAAUAAUUACGAAUGGCAAUUCAACUGUCAUCAAUUCAACCGGAAAUGGUUCCGUUAAUUUGACAUCAAUUAUAGCGUUGAUUAUUUUUUUUGGUCUCAUUAUUUAUUCUGCUAUAAUAACUUCAACAAAAUCAUCUAACGGAAAACUACUUGGAAUACCAAGUGAUGAAGGAACUAAAAGUACUGUCCCUAAAAUAGAUGGUGGUAAAAGUUAUGACGAUGAAGAAAAAUCAGUUGCCUAUAAUUAUUCAUUAUUUCACUUAAUGUUUUUCUUUGCUUCGUUCUACAUAAUGAUGACAUUAACAAACUGGCUUGAACCAACGAAUGAUUUUUCAGAUUUUCACCAAAGUGAUUCGACUGUUUGGAUAAAAAUUGCUUCAUCAUGGACAUGUAUCGCCUUAUAUUUUUGGUCUAUUCUUGCACCAUGUAUAUUUCACAGCAGAGAUUUUUCAUAG